AAAUAUCCCAACUAGGCAACUACCAUAUCCAACCAUCUGUUAUAGGGAAAUACUUAAUCAUAAUAAUACCAUUACAUAUAAGAAACAAUAAUCAUACAGCUAUUAUUAAGAAACACAAUACAGGCUUAACAGCACCUUGGCCUAUAAAUAGCAGAGAGCUCUGCUGACAUGAAACCAUUCCUCCCAAACAGAUUUAAAAUCUCCCACUUGGAAAAUUUUCUUCACCUCUCCAUUCCUCUGCAAAAAACACCAAAAUGAAGAAGAACACAUCCAUAAUGCUCCUUGCUCUGUUCCUUGCUCUGUUCCUCGUUACACAGCAAUAUGCAGGAGUGGAGGCGAGGACGGCGAGCGGGUCUGGAUAUCAUCCCUUGAGCCAGUGCAAGAAAGACAGAGAUUGUGCUCACAUUUGCUCUGUUAUAUGCACUCCCAACACUAGAUGUCAAUGUGUUGAGAAUUGGUGUAGUUGCAGUGCUUGAGCUUCUGUUAUCACCAUCCAGAGAUUAAAAAAAACAAACAAACUUAAUUGUACUUGAUGAUCUCGAUUCAACCGUGUUUUUCGAUUCAACCAAAUUGUAAGGGAGCGAUUAAAUAAUAUAUAUAUAUGGAUUUCUCCAAACAACUGGAGUUAUUGGAAUCAGUUGGUUUAUGAUAUGGUAUCGGAGAUGGUUUGUCUAGCUUUGAGGUCCACGUGUUCAAGUACUUACGACCCUCGGUAUUAACCGUUGUCUUAAAGCACAUGGCAUGGGGAGACGUGUGCAAACUUCAAGCUCAUUAAUCGGCUUUCUUUUGAGGGGGCGUUUAAGGAAGUGGUUAAAUAUCAUAUAUGGACAUCUCCGAAAAACUCGAGUUAUUGAGACCAGUUGGUUUGUGACACAAAUAAAAUGUGUUUUUCUAUUCAACCAAUUUUCCCUUCAAGAGCAUACUCUUGCAAAUCGAAUAUGAAAUUCAAUUCUCUACAAACCUCAACUGGCAAUAGGAAAACAGCACAGAGAGGAGCAAGAAAGGUAGUGAUAAUGAAUGGGGGAUGAUUGAAGCCAUCUUCAUGGGACAAAGACCUACCAACCACCGACCGUGGUUUGCCCUAAAUUUGUCUACAUAUAACCCCAUAUCAUGUGUGCUAAGUCCUAACAUUCUCUGCAAACUAAUGGUGGAAGGGACACAAACAAGACAUCAUGCACCCCUCACAUCCAAUUAGGGACACAAAAUGAGGAGUCGAGUCGAGUUUCGAUCUAGUUAAUGUUCAGUUUGUCAAUGAACAAAUUGAAUUUGAGUUUGAUUCAUAUAUUGAAACAUUGACUCAUGUUUAGCUCAAUCUCAGCAUUAUUAAUAAGCUCGCCAGAUGGGCUAGAACUCAAGUAUCAUACUAUUUAGUUAAUAAAUUUUAAUUUCUCACCUAAUGUUAUUUAAUAACAAUUAGUAUCUAACAAUAUACGAUACAUAAUUUUUCUAUAAUUGUUCAUAUAUUUUCUCUUUAAGAGUCGAGGUGGCUCAAGCUACUUGCAAGCUGAACAAGGGCUACCUCAAACUCAAGUAGUUAGUAAACAAGCUAAUCGUCGAAUGAGUUUUUUCCAACCCUAACAUCGAACCGCUUUCGGAGCAGUUUGACUCAAGUAUCAUACUAUUUAGUUAAUAAAUUUUAAUUGCUCACAUAAUAUUAUUUAAUAACAAUUAGUAUCUAACAAUAUACAAUACAUAAUUUUUCUAUAAUUGUUCAUAUAUUUUCUCUUUAAGAGUCGAGGUGCUCAAGCUACUUGCAAGCUGAACAAGGACUACCUCAAACUCAAGGUAGUUACUAAACAAGCUAAUCAUCGAACGAGUUUUUUCCAACCCUAACAUCGAACCGUCUUCGGAGCAGUUUGACUCAUUUAUAGCUCUACCUCCCAUAUUCUUAACACAAAGCUUGAAUGUCUGUAAUGAAUACUUCACAGUAUCUUACUAAAUGAAAAUUCUCGAUGUGUACAAAUACAAUUAAUUUUCAUGA